UUAACUGAGAUAAUUCUAAGGAUUUAGUUGCAAUUGAAAGGGUGCUAAAAUGCGUGCCUACUACACCACGAAGGAUAAGCGAAAGUACGGCGACAUGAGCUAUGAAAGCAAAUACCUGCUGGAUCCGAAAUACAUGACGAAACGGGAUCUGCAGCAUUACUAUCGCUACUACAACAUGACAAAGAAUCGCGGCCAAUUCAAGAAGAUCGUUAUUGUGAUAUUCUGCGUGUGCGUCUUCUCCUAUCUCUUUGUCGACUACAAUCUGAGGACAAAGCUGCUCCGUCUACGCGAUCGCUUGGAUUUCAUAGCACGCAUCGACGAUGAAUACAACAUGACGCAGGCGUAUUUCAUCGACACGCCCGGCUGUCGGAUGCCCUAUUUCGAAGUGCUCGACGACAACAUUGCCCAGUUCAUGUUCAAACCGAAGGCGUACAAGUGCAUCAAGCCCCUGACACGGACUAACGAUGCGGUACCUGGCCAGCUGUUGCUCAAUCUGAAUGCCAGCGAACAGUUGCAGCUCUACAACAUCACGGAUCUGGCCAAUCUCAGUUGCAAGUACUCGGAACUGCAGCGCAAAACCGAUACGGCAAAUGAGUACCUGAAGUCGGUACCGUUUGAGCUGAAGGACAGCGUACAAUUGCCCAAGGAUGUGGAGUUUGUGGUUGUGGAAUGUGUCGAUGCAGCGGGACAAGUUGUAUACGUCGACAUACAUUUCUUUGCGGUGAACAAACCCGACAAGGUGUCCAAGAGAAAGAAGGUUACCCACUUCGGCGGUGGCAACGAGACGUCCGAUCAUUUGUCCGUCAUGGUGCUGGGCAUCGAUAGCGUAUCGCAUUUGAAUUUUCAACGUCAGAUGCGACGCACUGCGGCCUACAUACGACAGAAUCUGUCGCAUGUGGAAUUCUGGGGCUUCAACAAGGUGGGCGACAACACGUUUCCCAAUCUGGUGCCACUGCUCAGCGGCCUCGACGAUCAGGAACUGAACAUUUCGUGUGUGGCGCCCAUGGCAACGCCCGGUUACGAUGCCUGCUCGUUCAUCUGGAAGCGCUACAAGCAGGCCGGCUACAAGACGAUCUUUGCCGAGGACGUGGCCAUGUUGGGAUUGUUUAAUUUCUGUCGCAGCGGAUUUCGUCGGACUCCCACAGAUUACUAUUUGCGACCCGUGGUGCUGGAGAUGGAGAAACGCAUCGCCUAUCGCAAGGAUCUCAAUGUGAACCUCUGCAUGGGUGGACGACGCACUGCCGACGUCCUCAUGGAAUACAUGCGCAAGCUGAUGCCGCACAUGCAACGUCAAUUGUUCUUCUCGUUCUUUUGGUCCGUCUCCCUAACGCACGAUUACUUCAACUCGCCCACGCUGCUGGACGGACAGUUGAUGCACAAUUUGCAGCUGCUGCAGGAGACGGGCAUCCUCAAUCGCACCCUUGUGCUGCUGAUGUCCGAUCAUGGGAUGCGUUGGGGUUCGUUUCGCAAGACGUAUCAGGGCAUGAUGGAGGAGCGUCAGCCACUGUUGAUUGCUCUGUAUCCGGCGUGGCUGAAGCAACGCUAUCCGCAAGCGGUGGCCAAUCUGGAGCUGAAUGCCAAGCGACUGACGACCCACUUUGAUCUGCAUGCCACGCUGUUGCAGUUGCUCGACAUACGGCAACUGCAACCGGAUCAGCUGCAGCGUCAGGCCGACGAUCUGCACGACAUCGACAGCACCCUGCCCAGGGGCAUCAGUUUGUUCCUGCCGGUGCCGGCGGAAAGGAACUGCGAACAGGCGGGCAUUGCGGCACAUUGGUGCACGUGCCACCAGCGUGAAGAGUUGCCCACAAACGAUGGCCGGGUGCAGCGUGCGGCACGGUAUUUGGUGCGUCUGAUCAACGAUCGUCUGGUGGCGCAUUCGCAAUGCCGCACCCUCUAUCUGAACUCCAUACUGCAGGCGUUCAUUGCGGCCCCGCAUCGCAAGAUGCUCAAGGAACUGCGCACCGAUUAUGCCGUGGACAUUACGCUCCGACUGCAGACGAAGCCCGGCCUGGGUGUCUUUGAGUCCACGGUGCGUAUGUCGGGCUAUGCGAGUGCUCUCACUGGGACCAUCAGUCGCAUCAAUUUGUAUGGCAGCCAGAGCUACUGCAUCAAUGAUUCGGCUCUCAAGAUGUUCUGCUAUUGUCAUAGAUAAGCCAACAAAAAACCAAAAACAAAAAAAAACAAAGACAAAGACUUGCCCAGCCAAGCAGCGUAGCCUUACAGUGAGUGAGCGAGUGAGUGUGAGUGAAUGAGUGCGUGUGUGUGCGUGCGUGUUAAUUCAAUUAAAUAAGCUCUGCGAGAAAUGAAAAAGAAAUGACAUUUGUAUUUCUAUGAAAUAUAUUCAGUAGGACUUUGUAUAAAGUUAGUCGGAGCAGCAUUCUUUAAGUUCGUUUUAGUGACAAUAAACAAAAAACAAA